CGACAGGGUUCAAGGAAGGACGCGCCGAGUGCGCCGGCGCGUAGUCGGGGACGCCGGGCCGAGGCUUUUGCUAGGGAACCUACUGUUUUCGCCCCGCCCCCUCGGGGCUUUUUGUCCCGUUAACUGUCGGAGUGGCGGGGGCUUCAGCCGCCGGGCGACAUGCCGGUGCGCUUCAAGGGGUUGAGUGAAUACCAGAGAAACUUUCUGUGGAAAAAGUCAUAUUUGUCAGAGUCCUAUAAUCCCUCAGUGGGGCGAAGGUACCCAUGGGCCGGACUUAGGUCAGAUCAAUUAGGAAUCACAAAAGAGCCAAGUUUUAUUUCCAAAAGAAGAGUUCCUCACCACGACCCACAGAUUUCAAAGUCUCUUGAGUGGAAUGGAGCUACGUCAGAGAAGGAUGUGGUUCUAUCACCAGAACCUGAAGGCCCCAGAACACCAGAAUCACAGGAGGCAGAAAAAAAAGAAGAUAUUAACCAAGAAAGAGUUCUAGCACUAGAAGCUUCAAGGGUUCCCAAGAGAACCAGAUCUCACUCUGCAGACUCCAGAGCUGAAGGGGCUUCAGACAUUGUGGAAAAUAAGGAGGAUAUAGCAGCAAACCAUGUGCCAGUUAGUGAAAAUGUGGAACUGGAACAUUCUACCAAGCUUCUCUCAGAAAACGUAGAUGAUGGGUUGGAUAGACUUCUCCGGAAGAAAGCUGGAUUGACUGUUGUUCCCACACGUAAUACCUUGAGAAAUUCUGAAUAUCAAAGGCAGUUUGUUUGGAAGACCCCUAAAGAAACUGCUCCAGCUUUUGCAGCCAAUCAGGUAUUCCACAAUAAAAGCAAAUUUGUUCCACAAUUCAAAGGUAACUCUGUCAUCCAUGAAACUGAGUACAAAAGAAAUUUUAAGGGUUUAUCUCCAGUGAAAGAACCAAAAUUAAGAAAUGAUUUGAAGGAGAACAGAAAUUUUGAAAUAAUAUCUCCUGAAAAGAAGUGUAAUAAAACAGAUGAUCCUUUAAAAUUAGAAGCAGAGAUGGAAUCAAAAGACUCAAACCAGCCUAAAAAGAAGGUUACUCCUUGGAAACAUCAAAGGCUUGGGAAGGUGAAUUCUGAAUAUAGAGCAAAAUUUCUGAGCCCAUCCCAGUAUUUAUAUAAAGCUGGGGCUUGGACACGUGUAAAGGAAAACAUACCAAAUCAGGGUUCUCUAAAUGCCAUGUGGUAUGCGGAGGUUAAAGAACUGCGAGAGAAGGCUGAGUUUUAUAGGAAACGAGUUCAGGGAACACAUUUUUCUCGGGACCAUUUGAAUCAGAUUCUGUCUGAUAACAACCGCUGUUGGGAUGUCUCUUCGACCACGAGCUCAGAAGGAACCAUUAGUAGCAACAUUAGAGCCCUAGAUCUUGCUGGAGAUCCUACAAGCCUUAAGGCUUCACAGAAAUGUCCUACAAAACUAGAAGAAAGAACAUCAGUUUUGGAAGAACAGCCUGAGAAAACUACCACAGAGAAACUGGACGUGUCCGAUGCUCCCAUACCUGUUAGAAGACGGCUGGCUUGGGAUGCAGAGAAUACCACCGAAGACCAGAAACAUCUGAGAGAGGAGGAGGAGGAGGAAGAAAAGGAGGAAAGGGACAAGCAGGUUAAUGUGGGAGAACUAGAGAAGUUGGAAGUGCAGGAAGAAUCUAAAGCAGACAAGAUGCAAGAAGGUUCGGAGUCAUCUUCUGUGUCUUCAGGAAAAGGAGGCAGGCUUCCUACUCCGAAGUUAAGAGAACUUGGAGGAAUCCAGAGGACUCACCACGAUCUUACCACUCCAGCUGUUGGUGGUGCUGUCUUAGUGUCUCCAUCUAAAGUGAAGCCUCCAGUCCCAGAACAGAAGAAAAGAACAUCCUCUCAGGAUGGCUUAGAAGCUUUGAAGAAUGAUUUUAGGAAGAAGGAAAGUCGUGCUAUAUCCCUUCUGACUUCUCCAGCUGCUGGUUUAAAAACAGUUGAUCCCCUGCCUUUGAGGGAAGAUUCUGAACCCAAUAUCUCCAGAUCUGCUGAGGCAACUCUUCCAGUUUCAAAAAUUCCAGACUAUCCAACAAACACACCCAAGCAGUCUCCUUCUCCACGUGCCCCAUCCUACUGGCAUCCAGCUCGUCGAAUUCAGGGCUCCCUGAGAGACCCAGAAUUUCAGCAUAAUGUGGGAAAAUCAAGGAUGAAUAAUUUCCAGUUACCUCAGCAUGAAGCCUUUAAUGAUGAAGAUGAAGACAGAUUAUCUGAGAUUUCUGCUCGUUCUGCAGCUUCUAGUCUUCGGGCUUUUCAGACUCUGGCACGAGCUCAAAAAAGGAAGAAUUUCUGGGGCAAAACGUAAUUAGACAUACACUUAAUUGAGUUGCUUUUAUCUAGGUGAACCAUUGGCAGAGUAUUUUUAUUGCUUUAAUAUGUUAAAACUUUUCAAAUGUUUGGAUUUUUUUCCUAUCAUUUCCUACUUAAAAGAAUUGUUUGAUUUUUCAAUAGCCAGUUCAGUUUACUUGGAAAAUUUUAACACAGGUUCAUACAAAUUUAACUUUUGAAGAAUUCUUUGUUUCUAUCCCAAAGUACAAAGACAUAGAUAGAUUUGUAUUUCUUCACAUGUUCUAACUUGUGUUAGGUGUCAGGGAGAGCUGGUAAAAUUAUGAAAUUCACCUAUCUAGAGAAUAUUCUUAAAAAAGACUAAAGUGAAGUAAAAAUUAAGAUCUAAGUGUGAAGUAUGCAUUCCCCCAAGAUUGGCUUUAUGUAUCUUUCCAAUUAUAGAUGUCAUAAAAUGAAUUUGUUGUUCCUUUAAUUUUUUCUGUGGUAUUUAUUUUUAUUUUAGUACCUUCUGUAUAUAGCUACAGUGUUUUAAGAUAAUUGUACUUUAGAUUGAAAAUACUAGCUUUGUAUAUACUUUUCUUAUUUAUGUAACAACGUUUGCUGAGAGAAUAUGUAUAUUUUUGAUCUUUGUGUGUAUUCUGUUUGUAUAAGGACUUUGGCUUACAUUUGAAUAAUGUCUGAAUUUUGAAAAAUUAUUUGUAUAAUUGAGAAUUGAAACUUUAUAGCGAUCUUGAAAUAAAAAUUGAUCAAGUGUUUUAUUAUGUGAAA